AUGGCUAAGAAUAACGAAGAAGCUGAAGAUGGCAGCGGCAGCGUUGAAAUCGCGAGCAACGACAGAGGCGACGUCGGACCCCCACAGGCGAGGCCCAUCAGCUUAAUGAGGCUCUUCUUCGCCUGCAUGGUUGCCGGCGGGGUGCAAUACGGCUGGGCAUUGCAACUUUCCCUACUCACUCCUUACGUCCAAACAUUAGGGUUAUCACAUGCUCUCUCCUCUAUCAUAUGGCUCUGUGGUCCAAUAGCCGGCUUUGUGGUUCAACCUAUUGUUGGACUUUGGAGCGAUCGUUGUCGAUCGAGAUUUGGAAAAAGAAGACCCUUCAUAUCUGCUGGAUGUUUAUUGAUAUGUACAGCUGUAAUUGUGGUAGGAUUUUCUUCAGAUAUUGGGUAUGCACUCGGCGAUACAAAAGAGCAUUGUAGCAUCUAUCGCGGCCCUCGAUGGCAUGCAGCCAUGGUGUACUGCCUUGGAUUUUGGCUGCUAGAUUUCUCCAAUAACACAGUUCAAGGGCCGACUCGAGCACUCAUGGCGGAUAUCGCUGGUCAGCAUGGACCCAAUGCAGCAAAUGCUAUAUUCUGUUCAUGGAUGGCUGCAGGAAAUCUAUUGGGAUACGCCUGUGGCUCCAAUGGGAAUUGGCACAAGUGGUUUCCUUUCUUAAUGACAAAUGCUUGUUGCGAAGCGUGUGCAAAUCUAAAGGCUGCCUUUCUGAUUGCUGUGGUAUUUCUACUCAUGUGCCUCACGGUCACUCUAAUGCUUGCAAAUGAAGUCCCUCUGCUUGAUUCUCAUCUGACAAAAGAGCAACAAUCAACAGGAUUGUUUAAUAUAUUUAGAUCUUUCAAGAACUUGCCCCCUGGAAUGCCUUCAGUUCUUAUUGUCACUUCCAUAACUUGGUUGUCGUGGUUUCCAUUUUUGCUCUACGACACUGAUUGGAUGGGUCGCGAAGUGUACCAUGGUAAUCCAAGAGGAACUGAUGCACAAAUAGAUGCUUAUAAUCAAGGUGUCAGAGAAGGUGCAGUUGGAUUGCUUCUGAACUCGGUCGUGUUGGGGCUUUCUUCUUUCAUCAUUGAGCCGAUGUGCAGGAAAGUGACUCCAAGGGUGGUUUGGGUGUUUAGCAACUUCUUUGUGUUCCUAGGCAUGACAGCAAUUUGCCUCACGAGCGUUUGGUCCUUGAAGAAAUUCUCUCAGGGCUCAAUUCAACUAGCAAUCAGUGCAGAUACUGAUGUUAAAGUUGUUUCUCUAGUAAUCUUCGCAGCUUUAGGUUUACCUCUAGCAGUUCUGUUUAGUGUUCCUUUUGCUGUUGCAUCUCAAUUGGCAGCUAAAGUGGAUGGUGGCCAAGGUCUUUGCAUUGGAGUCUUGAACAUCUCGAUAGUAAUUCCUCAGGUGAUUAUUGCUCUUGGAGCUGGCCCAUGGGAUGCAAUCUUCGACCAAGGGAACCUCCCUGCUUUCGCUUUGGCGUCGGCUUUCGCCUUACUCUCUGGCGUUGCCGGAAUCUUUUUGCUUCCCAAGCUCUCAGGCAAUAGCUUCAAGAGUUCAGGGCUCGCUGGAAUGCAUUGAUCUAUCUUUAGUUAAAUGAAAGAACUCAAAUUUUCAAACAGUUGCUGUGUUAAAAACUAUAUUUAUCUAUGCUCUUGUAUCAACUAGAUCCAAGAACCCUUUCUCUCUCUCCUUUUUUUUUU